AUAUAUAUAUAUAUAUAUAUAUAUAUAUAAUCUAAAGCAACUGAAGUACUGAUCUUUACUAAUACUAUAUACUACUAGAUCUAGUUAGAUCAUGGAAUGGGAAGGGCUGUCUGAAUUAGCCAGAAAAAACAAUGACUUGGCAGAGUUAAGGGUUAGAGAUCGACCUAAGACAUAAUAUAGGAUGUAAUCAUCUUCUUUUAAGACAUAAAUUAAGUUUGUAUUUUAUAAGAAUAUAAGAAAAAAUUAUAAACAAUAUAGAUGAUCUAGAAUUAGUAGAAAAAUGUGAUGUAUAAUAAUUCUUAAAUGGGUUUCUCUUUUCAAUUCUCAGAUUUUCUUAUAGAAAUAUUUAUUAGAAUCUAGAGUCUAUGCUAUAUACAGACUGUAAAUAUAUCUAGACUGUAUCCAGCCUAUACUUCAGACACUUAUGAUAGCAAUAUAUAUAUGUCAUCAAUUUAGUGAAUAGGCUACUACCACUGUUCCCUACAGUUUUAAAAUUACACCACAAUAAUGAGUCUAUAUUAUAAUAUUCUUUAUAGAGUCUAUGGUAUUGUAGCAGAUGCUUGACCUAUUAAGAGAAACAGCCAAGAGAAAGCAAAUGAAAUAUUUCGCUCCUAUGAAUGUUGUCAUUUGUGGCUGUGUUUUAUUAUGUACAAUAAGCUAUAGUGUUGGCUAUAAACAUGUCAUUUUUAUGCAUGGAAUUCUGUCUGGUCCCAUUGAAUUCAACUAUUACAAUGAACUUGUACAACAGUAUCACCCAAAUACACCAGUGACAAUAGUGGACAUGUUUGAUUAUUUGGUAAGUUUGACCAACAUGUGGACUCAGGUAGAAAAUAUUUCUGCUGUGGUCAAGCCUAUUAUGACCAAUACAACAUCUGAAGGAACUAUUCUGGUUUGCUUUUCACAAGGUGGGCUAAUUUGUCGAGCAUUACUCUCUGUCAUACCUCACAAUGUUGAAACGUUUGUUAGUCUAAGUGGACCUCUUUCUGGACAAUUUGGAGAUUCUGUCUUCUUGAAAUAUUUUUUUCCUAAAUAUCUGAAAGAAAAUAUCUACAAGCUAUUUUACACAGAUUAUGGACAGACUUAUUCAAUAGGGAAUUACUGGAAUGAUCCCCACCAGCAGACAUUAUAUAAAAAGUUCUCCACAUUUCUGGCUGUUCUCAACAACCAAUCAGAUGUAGUGAACCCAAGAAGUCAAGGUUUGUCUAGAGAAUACCGUCACAACUUUAUGCGGUUAAAAAAUCUUAUUCUUGUUGGUGGUCCAGAUGAUGGUGUUAUUACCCCAUGUCAUUUCGGCAUGUAUAAUGAAUCUGAAGCCAUCUUGCCAAUGGAAGAACAGGAAUGGUAUAAAAAUGAUGCAUUUGGCCUGAAAACUUUAAAUAGCCAAGGUCGUAUUCACAGAUUUACUUUCUCUGGGAUCCCACAUAGAAGUUGGCACUCCAACUUGACUGUUUUUGAAACAUGCAUCAAACCAUGGCUCUGAUAAAAGUAACAGUAAAUAAUACAGCUGAAUUUGUACCUCUAACAAUCAGUAUGAUUUGCUUUAUUGUUUUUUUAGUCAGUAUUUAAGUCUGUAAUUUUUUUUAUUGUUAAUCAAAGUCUUUCAAAAGGAUAACAAUGUAUUUUACAAUGAUUGUUACUAUAGCUGAGCUUACCACUACAAACUAAGCCAUUUUGUGCUUAUUUUUUUUUUGUACAAACACUUCCUCAAAACGUUAAACCAUACUUGUCAAUGAUUAUUUGUAUAUUUAACAUUUUAUUCCAUUAUUAAAAAUAAUAUUGAGCUGUUCUGUGAAUUACACCUUUGUAAAAAAAAAAUCUUUUCAGUCUAUUAUUAUUAUUAUUUUUAUAAGGUUGGGGUUUGCGUAAAAAAGGAUAUUUUAAAGUUAUUUUAAUAGUUAAUAAAAAAAUCACUUUAUGAAUUAUUGAACUACAGGUCGAAAAUAAUUUAUUUUAAUAAGCAGAAUCACUAUAAUAUAGAUCUAUAUGUUUUGUUAAUUUAAUGUAUUAAAAUUAUGUCUAAUUAAACAUUAUACUUAAUUGUUCAAAGUGUUAACUAUUUAUAUUUUAAAAAUACAUUUUGUAAAUGUAUUUUUCAUUGGAUAUGGAUUCUAUUUACUGACAUAAAAAAUAUUUUUUAAUAGGAUUUUGUUAUUUCUUUGGAUAAUAAAUAAUAGGCCUAAUUUUCUCAACCAAUACAUUUGUUGUAUGUUUUUAUGUAAAUAGGUCUUGAGCUGUUAAAGCUAAUAAAAUUUGAAAUUUUGUCAAAUAUCUUAUAAUAUUGAUCACAAACUGCUUUUUAGCCAUUUUAUUAAAAUUUUUCUUUUUGGUAAAUAAUUUUUUAAAAAGUAAAAUAUGCAUAUUUUUUUUAUAAUGAAACUUAAGAGCUUUGUAAAUUUAAAAAACAUACAUUUUGUUCCAAAUUAUAUACUGAUUCCUUCCUAAUUAAUUAUUUCCUUUUCUGUACAAAUUGUUCUUCUGACUUUGAGUUCUCUUGUUAAAUCAGGUCACUGCAGUGGCUUUCUAACUUGUUUUCACAAUAUUGUUAAAUAAUAUAAUUUUAGUCUUUCAAUAAUACAUUGAUUUUA